AUGUUAGACCUGUCAACCUAUACUGUCGAGAAAAAGAACAUACCCCAGUUCGGGUUGCCAGCGAGCUUUGCCCUCUACGCUGAACAGUCUGAAGCUACCUAUGCAAUCUUUGAACCGGGCGUUGUUGCAAUUCUUCGUAAAUACGAAAAGGCAAUCGAACACGUGCACAUCUCGGAUCAAGUACAGGGAGAAACGUACACUCGGUUACCCGAAGUCGUUCGAUUGGUGCAGUUUUGCCUGAAUCUAGACGAGUGCCGCGAUAAGGAUGCACACGAACUUCCUUCAUUUGCCAGAGCGAAACAAAAAGCGGACAAGAGAAGGCGCGAAGUGGAGGAGGCAUUCAUAAAAACCACUCAUCAGCUGAGACAAGAAGCAGCACAGGCUCGACGUGAAGAGAAAACUCGGGAGCGAAAACAACGUCUAUUGGAGGAAGAAGAUCCCGAGAAACAAAGGCGUCUCGAGAAACUGGAAAUGAAACGAGAAGCGAAGGCAAAGCAACCGAAGAUGAAACAGCUCAAAGUUAAGAUGUGA